CCUGGCCGAGAUCAGCACCCUGGCCAAAAUCGUGCUGCGGGACCUGCUGGGGGAGGCCAUGGAGUAUGAGAAGAUCCUGAAGCUGACCUCGGACGCCAAGUUGGAGUCGGGGGAUGUGAAGGCAACCAUCGCAGUCCUCGGCUUCAUCCUCUCCAGCGCCGCCAAGCACAACGUGGACAGCGAGUCCCUGUCGAGUGAGCUGCAGCAGCUGGGGCUGCCCAAAGAGCACGCCGGCGGGUUGUGCCGGUCCUACGAGGAGAAGCAGAGCUCCCUCCAGGACAGCCUGAGGGCCUGCAGCCUGAGACUGAGCCAGCUGGGCUCGGUGCGCUGGCGGGUGGAUUACACCCUCAGCUCCAGCGAGCUGCGGGAGGUCAACGAGCCCCUCGUGCACCUGACCUUCAACCUGCGGGACGGGGAGCGCGGGAGGAUGGCGGCCGUCCCCAUGGCCCUCUCGGCCGACAAGUUCCGGGUGCUGCUGGCAGAGCUGAAGCAGGCCCAGGCCCUGAUGAACACCCUUCUCUGAGGAGCUGGGAGAGGGGGCGAUGGCGGGAGGCGCCGAGGACCCGCUGGGCCCGACCAGGCCCCGGCGCUGCCCGGCUGGGGAGCGGG